AUGGGUUUUCUCUGCCCUAUAACGCUAACACCUAAACUACUCAUACAAAAGAUAUGGUUGUUAAAAAUUGGUUGGGAUACAAAUAUACCCGAAGAUUUAGGAAAAGAAUUCUAUUCGUGGAUUGAUGAUUUGUCACUUUUAUCCAGUGUUAGAAUUCAAAGUGCUUUAGAUAUAAACGAAAAUGAAAGUCUUAGUCUUCAUACGUUCUGUGACGCAAGUAAACAAGCCUAUGGAUGUAUGAUUUAUUUAAGAAAAGAAACAAUUGAAAAUGUAUCGGUGUAUUUUCUUCUCGCUAAAAGCAGAGUGAGUCCAUUAAGAAAAAUGACCAUAAAUCGUCUAGAAUUAUUAUCCUGCUGUACAGGAGUCAGACUCGCAGCUCUUGCUUUACAAACACUCAAAUUAGACAACGUUCCAAGGAACUAUUGGACAGAUUUGAGUACUGCUCUUUCUUGGGUCCAAAGAGAUGACCAUUGGGCGCCAUUUGUCGCAAAUAGAGUAAAAGAGAUACGAAAAUUGUCAUCGGAAUUUGAAUGGCGUCACAUUCCAGGAAAUUCGAAUCCAGCAGAUAUACCAUCACGAGGGUGUUCGAUUAAGAGUUUUGUGAAAUCUCGCUGGUGGCAAGGUCCAGAAUGGCUUAUGAAGAACGAGGAAGAGUGGCCAACUAGUGAACUGAUUACUAACGAAGAAGAAAUUAUGAAAGAAAAGCGAAAGAACAUUAUUUCGACUUUGGCUAAUAUCAACGCUGAAAAAUGGUAUCUGAUUUACUUUUCAAGUUACUUUAAAAUUGUGAGAAUGAUUUCUUGGAUUCUAAGAUUCAUAAAUAAUUGUAGACAUGGAGGAAGAAAUUAUGGCAAAACCCUGAGUGUUGAAGAAUUGGACAUUUCUGAGAAGAAAUUAUUGAAGAUUGUUCAACAAGAAGCAUUCUCUAGUGAAGAACAGUUGAAGGGACAUUUUACUUUCAGAGAUGAAGAAGGGAUUAUAAGAUUGAAAACGAAGAUUUUGAAAAGACAUGAUGAUGAAAACUUCCGGUGCCCUAUUGUACUUCCAUCCAAACAUGAAUUAGUAGAAAGAAUGAUACAAGACUACCAUUUACAACUUUUACAUGCUGGUAACUUGUUCCAAGUUCUUUUGACUAAUAUUCGUCAAAAAGUUUGGAUAAUAAAAGGAAAAAAAACAGUACAAGGAGUCAUAUCGAAGUGUGUUCGGUGCAAGUGA